CUUUGGAGUUCCGCACGUGCCACAAUUGGCCCUUUGUGUCGACAUUGAGAGGCCCCAUCGCUACAUUAAGCAACACCCACGUCUUCCAGCUCAGGGGCAAGCGAUACAGCAUGCAAUAUUCAUCUCGAUAAUCUUUUCAACGGUGAUCGAUGCCACUAUCAGAUGCUUGUUGUGGAUGGAUACUGCCAUGUCAAGCACACUACCACUCCUGAGAGGCAGGAUCGCUCUCGACCGCGCCUUGGAGGAUGACGACAACAUACUGAAACAACUCGAGUAUCCCAGACAGAGAGAUGAGUACUUCAACUAUUUGUUCGCCCGCAAGACCGAGAUCGAAGCUAUCGUGUCGUUCCACCUCCGUGUAGAGAAGUGCCGAGUUAGUGAUGUCCAGACCUGGCUAUCUGGCAGCUACAAUGUUUGCAUACCUGUCUACAUAAGUCCUCCCUCCAAUCAAUGUCGCCAGGAAAUGCGGACGAGAAACUUCGCUGUGAGGUUGCUUCGUAUCUAUGGAUUCAGGAGAAUUGUCCCGACGUGUCGAUACCAUAUCUAUUUGGGUUUGGGUUUCCGAAUGGCCAGACUCAUACGGCUCCCGAACAAACAUCUUUAUUCGUUCGGUCGAUGUCACGUAUGAAAAGGACUCUACUUUCAUGGCUUCGAUUUCCGACUCCGUCCCGAUACAUCAAUCGAGGCUGCCAAGAUGCCUUAAGUACUGGCUAUAUCAUCAUCAGUAGGGUUUCGCAAGGAACCAUGCUUUCCAACUCCUGGGAUACGCUCCGCCAUGACAGGACUCGCCGCUCGAAUCUUUUCCAUAGCUUGGCUCGGAUCAUCCUAUCGCUCAACAAAUCUCCGUUAGCAGCUAUCGGCUCCUUGACCUUCAAUGAUCGAGGCUUUAUAACCUUAACCAACCGCCCUCUGACCCUUCAGCUUCAGUCCUUGGAGAAUGAAGAUAUCCCGACUACUAUCAGCAGGGGUUCUACUUACUCAGCUGUGGAACCUUACCUCUCUGACCUUCUGAGCUGCCACGACAACCGUAUCUCCUUUCAGCCAAAUUCAAUCCAUGACGAGGAUGACGGCCAGCAGCAAAUGGCCGCUCUGACUAUGAUGCGUGCAGUCCUUCAUCACUUCUGUCCACGCGAUGCUCGUUACGGACCUUUUGUAUUCACCCUUACUGAUCUUCAUCAGAGCAAUAUUUUUGUUGACGAGGACUGGAAUAUUACUUCUCUAAUCGACUUGGAAUGGGCCUGUUCCUUGCCCAUCCACCUCCAGUGCCCUCCAUACUGGCUUUCAGGGCGGGCUAUAGAUCAGAUGGAACCAGGUGAACAUCUUGACACAUAUCAUCAACUCGUUAUGGAGUACCUCGAAGUUUUCGAACAAGAAGAGAGAGGUAUGGCUAGAGGGGGGAUUUACCAAGCACCAAUACUCAGGAAUUGUUGGGAGACUGGAAGCUUUUGGUACUUCCAUGCCAUAAAUAGUCCCAGGGGGUUGUUUCGAAUCUUUAACGAGCACAUCCAGCGACGUUUCUGUCCACAGCACUGCGAAAUGCGGAUAUUUGAUCAAGUUGUGUCCCCGUAUUGGCGUGCUGGUGCAGCAAAGGAGAUCGAGAGGAAGAUUGAAGAAGAAGAAAGAUACAAGGAACAGUUACGAGCAGUUUUCAGUGCUGAGGGUAUCAAAGAUGCUUCUCUUCGAGGCAUAACCUGA